AUGGGACCCCAGCAGGUGGUAACUUCAAGUUUUGGAAAUGUUGAUUGUGUAUUAGGAGGGAGAAAUCUUCAAAUGCUGUUGGUUAACCAUUUGGUGUUCACUAUCUUGAUGUGUAUUGAUAAUUGGAUUAUAUCAAUGAACUUAAAUAAUACAAACAAGGACUUGAAUCCAGAAACUGGAGAGGAAAUAAAACGCAAUGAGUAUCGUAAAAUGGAUACUUAUGAUUUCGUCCGGCGUGAUAUUGAGCGAUUUUUCGCACACCCAGAAGAAGCCAUUGUUUCUCCUGAAUUAAUGCAACCUCAGUUGCCAAAACCACCUCCUGAGUUCGUCCGCAAUGUAUGGGGGUCUGCGGCUGGAGUGGGCAGUGGAGACUUCCAUAUUUAUAGAGGGAUUAGACGAAGAGAGUAUACUCGUUUGGAAAUGAUCGAAAAAACUGCAGAAGAGGAACGCUUGAACAGAGAGUUUCAACUGAAACAAAAAGCAUUAAAUGAUCUAGCUGCUGAAAAAACUGCUAAAAAGCGAGCCAAACGUCAAAUGAAGAAGGCAAAAAGGUUAGCUAAAAGAAAGUCAAAGUCAAAAACGCAAUCCAAUUCUGGUGAAGACAGUGACUGUUCAAGUGAACAGCCAGAAGAAAGUAUGGAUACAGAAAAUAAUGAAUCUACUGGGACUCAAGAGUUCACCGAACACAAACAAGUAAUACAUCUUAAAGUGGUGAAGAACCAGAGGUUUAGAUUACAUAUAUCGACUGUCUGAUUUAUAUGAUACGGACAAUUUCAAUUUUAGUUAAAACAAUUAUGUUAUAUGCAAAGCCACUGUUGCUUAUAAGCUAUUACACCAUAGAGACGCGUGCUAAAGACAGCAGACAUAACACAGAGUUAUUCAUAUUUUUGCAUUUCUACGCAUUACAAGGGCUACCCAU